CAUGGACCGCACAAAGUUAGGCAGACCAUAGGUGAAGCUACUGUAGAGAGCGACACGUUGACGCGGCUGGAAUGCGGAAUUGAAAUUUACAAAAUUGAAAAUCACAAUACGGUGCCUGGUUGUUGAAGUGCUGUCAUAUGCACCACUGGCAAUGAUCAUAGUAUCUCGAUGGUCAAUUCUGUUCAAGUUAUGUGGGGCCCUGGGGCCAUUGGAUUCAUGAUAGCCACAGCGUUUUAUGGGGCAGCUUUUGGGCAGUAUAUCUUCUACCUCAGAUCGUUUCCGCAAGAUUCGAAAAGACUCAAAUUAUUUGUAUUCAUGGUCUUUUGUCUCGGGACAAUACACGAAUAUGCCUUGAUAGGGAUGUAUUGGUCUAUCCUUAUUUCGUGCCGUCGUAGCACGUCUCAUGAGUGCACGACUGAACUCCCAUGGCAGAUGGUGCUAGGGGUAUUUAUGGCAUGUUGGAUUAUAUUCGCAGUCCAGUGCUUUUAUGCACACAGGGUGUGGAUAAUCACGGAACACAACCGCUUAAUUACAGGCACAAUUUGCGCAUUCGCCGCUACUGCACUAGUUUUUGGCACGAUAACAGGCAGUGUGAUAUUCGAUACGAGAAACCCUGUAGAUCUAUUCGGCAAAAAGUGGUGUCAGAUUUCUGCAGUUGCUGGCGCCUUGUGUGAUAUUCUCAUUACCGGGACAGUCUGGUGGUUUUUGCGUCCUGCACGAACAGACAAUGUGCGGUCAAAGCCGGAUUAUGUCAAUAAACUAACACAAAUAUUUGUUCACAUGGGUUUACUUACUUGCAUUAUGGCAAUCGCGAUGGCUGUGCUCGUGAGUCCUGUCGUUCAUGCAACAUGUGGGACAUAACGACAAGCACUGUUUCAGUACCAGGUUCAGGAUGGUGGUCUUGGCCAGUUCUAUUCCGCUUUGCCUGGAUCACUACUAGCAAAAAGUUAGUAUGUUGCAUGCUCACUGUGCAAGCACUGAAACCAAUCGCCUUAGCCUAUUUGAACUCGAUGAUGGGAGUGUAAGUGGAUAAAAGACUCCUUUUACGCGAAGCUCACUAAAUUGGUGGAUUUGUGCUCAGGCUCAACGCUAGGAAGUCAAUACGCGAACAACAACGACAUGAAGCUGGCUGCAGUUCAAUGGAACUUCCUACCAUACCGACCAUACGUUGAUCUUUCCCUUGUGGUAGUAGAGAUAUCAUUAUUGUUACAAGUUGCUUACAAGCUUUCACCUGCAGCCGUAAGCUGCCGCAUCGCCUA